AUGUGCCAGCUUAGUCGCAUCAAGCAGAUCAACAUGCAGGCAACAGAAGAGUUGCUGCCGAACAUGGCGCAGCUUAUACAAAAGCAAUUGUUUGAUUCCAAUGGAAAUGACUAA